AUGAGUAAAAACGUCAUCUUUGAAAAAAACACAAUUAUAACAAUCUUUGGAGCAUCAGGUGACUUAGCCAAAAAGAAAACAUUUCCUGCUUUAUUUGGGUUAUUUAGAGAAGGAUAUCUAGAUAAAUCAACCAAAAUCAUAGGUUAUGCACGUUCUCAAUUGACGAUAGACGACUUAAAGACAAGAAUCAAACAGUAUCUCAAGAAACCUAAUGGUACGCAGGAUGAUGAAAAGGAAGAGGAAUUCUUUAAAAUGCUCUCUUACGUUUCAGGCCCGUAUGAUACUGAUGAAGGCUUCGAUACCUUGAAUGCCUUAGUGCAGACCUUUGAAAGUGAUGCAAAGGUAGAAAUUCCACAUCGUCUGUUCUAUUUAGCAUUACCUCCUAACGUGUUUUUGGAUGUUGCUCAACAAAUCAAAAAAUGUGUCUACUCAGAAGAAGGCAUUACACGUAUUAUAGUCGAAAAACCAUUUGGUCAUGAUUUAGAAUCAUCCCGAAAUUUACAAAACUCAUUAAGUCCCUUAUUUAAAGAGGAGGAAUUGUUUAGAAUUGAUCAUUAUUUAGGUAAAGAAUUGGUGAAAAAUAUAAUCCAAAUGAGAUUCAGUAAUACGUUGCUAAAUGCUUCAUGGAAUAAAGAAAAUUUACAAAGUAUACAAAUUUCAUUCAAGGAAGCAUUUGGUACUGAAGGUCGUGGCGGAUAUUUCGAUUCCAUUGGUAUAAUUAGAGACGUUAUGCAAAAUCAUCUUUUACAAAUCUUGACAUUAUUAACCAUGGAUACUCCAAGGUCAUUCGAUUCAGAAGCAGUUCGUGAUGAAAAAGUGAAAAUAUUAAAAGCUAUUAAGCCGCUCAAUCGCAAUGAUAUUGUUAUUGGUCAAUAUGGUCAAUCAGAAGAUGGAACAAACUCGGCGUAUCUUGAUGAUCCAACUGUUCAAGCUAAUUCUAAAUGCGUCACUUAUGCUGCCAUCGCUUUCAACAUAGAUAAUGAAGAAUGGCGAGACGUCCCAAUAAUCAUGAGAGCUGGUAAAUCAUUAAACGAUAGUAAAGUGGAGAUUAGGUUACAAUAUAAAUCAGUCGAGAAUGGUGUAUUCAAAGAUAUCCCAAAUAAUGAACUUGUUAUUAGAGUUCAACCAAACCCUUCAGUUUACAUGAAAUUCAACGCAAAAACACCGGGUUUAUCUAAUGCUACCCAAAUAACAGAUUUAAAUUUAACUUACUCAAGCAGAUACCAAAAUUUCUGGAUUCCCGAAGCCUACGAAGCGUUAAUUAGAGAUGCUUUAUUAGGAGAUCAUUCGAAUUUUGUUAGAGACGACGAAUUAGAUGUCAGCUGGAAAUUAUUCACCCCGUUAUUGCAUUAUCUAGAGGGUCCUGAUGCCCCACAACCUGAAAUAUAUCCAUAUGGGUCUAGAGGUCCAAAAAGCCUAAGAGAGUAUUUGGUAAGACAUAAAUGUUUUGAUCAAUUGGACCAUCCUUACACUUGGCCAAUCACUCGUCCAGAGUAA